AUGGAGAACUCUUUCUUAUACACCCCGGCGGAUGCCCUGGACCACUUCAAUGUCUCGGAGCACAAAGGUCUAUCUCUAGACGCGGUGCAGAAGUCCCGUCAGAAGCACGGUCCUAAUGCCCUUGCUGAGGAACCUCCUACACCAAUGUGGGAACUCAUCCUGGAACAAUUCAAGGACCAGCUGGUCCUCAUUCUUCUGGCCUCGGCCGCCCUCUCUUUCGUUCUCGCGUUGUUCGAAGAAGGUGAUGACUGGACCGCUUUUGUCGAUCCGGCUGUUAUCCUCACGAUUCUUAUCCUCAACGCAGUCGUCGGUGUCACACAAGAAAGCAGUGCGGAGAAGGCGAUCGCGGCCCUUCAGGAAUACUCAGCGAAUGAGGCAAAAGUUGUCCGCGAUGGAAAAGCUCAGCGUAUCAAGGCUGAGCACUUGGUCCCCGGCGAUGUAAUCCAGAUUGCUGUUGGUGACCGUGUCCCUGCUGAUUGCCGUCUGCUCUCGAUCCACAGCAACAGCUUCCGUGUUGACCAGGCUAUCCUGACCGGUGAAAGUGAGAGUGUCGCAAAGGACACCAAGGCCAUCAAGGACCGUCAGGCUGUCAAGCAGGAUCAGAUUAACAUGCUGUUCUCUGGAACUACUGUCGUCAAUGGCCACGCCACUGCUUUGGUUGUAUUGACUGGCGGUUCCACCGCCAUUGGUGAUAUCCACGAGAGCAUCACUUCGCAAAUUUCCGAGCCUACUCCCUUGAAGCAAAAGCUCAAUGACUUCGGUGAUGUGCUCGCAAAAGUCAUUACUGUUAUCUGUGUCUUGGUUUGGCUUAUCAACAUUGAGCACUUCAACGAUCCCGCUUUCGGUAGCUGGACCAAGGGUGCUAUCUACUACCUUAAGAUCGCUGUGUCUCUCGGUGUCGCCGCCAUUCCUGAAGGUCUGGCCGUCGUCAUUACGACCUGCUUGGCUCUUGGAACUCGCAAGAUGGCCCAGAAGAACGCCGUUGUCCGCUCCCUGCCUUCGGUGGAAACCCUGGGUAGCUGCAGUGUGAUCUGCUCUGACAAGACCGGAACUCUUACCACCAACCAGAUGAGCGUCGAGAAGAUUGUUUAUCUCAACAGCUCUGGAACCGGCCUCGAGGAGAUCGAUGUCGAAGGUACUACUUUUGCCCCCACUGGCCAGCUGUCUCGUAAUGGCAAGGCCGUCGAUAAUGUCGCUGUUUCUUCGUCUACUGUCGCCCAACUGGCCGAGGUCACCGCCAUCUGUAACGCUGCAACUCUCUCGCACGAUGCCAAGACCGGUGUUUUCUCCAACAUUGGUGAGCCUACCGAGGCUGCCCUACGUGCCUUGACCGAGAAGAUUGGUACCACCGAUGCCGCUAUGAACCAGAAGCUCUUCAGUCUACCUGCCUCCGAGAGGCUCCACGCUGCUAGUGCUCACUACGAAGCCCGCCUUCCUCUUCAGGCUACCUACGAAUUCUCGCGUGAUCGCAAGAGCAUGUCCGUUCUUGUCGGAAAGGGCAAGGAACAAAAGCUGCUAGUCAAGGGUGCUCCCGAGUCUAUUCUCGAACGCUGCUCUCAUGUCUUGCAGGGCGCCGAUGGCUCCCGUGUGCCUCUAUCCAAGAACCACGCCAAGCUUCUCGCCGAGGAAGUUGUGGAAUACGGUAACCGUGGACUGCGUGUUAUGGCUCUCGCCAGCGUCAGUGAUGUGUCUGGAAAUCCCUUGUUGAAGAACGCCCAAAGCUCCGAGGAUUACGCCAAGCUCGAGCAGAACAUGACUCUCAUCGGUCUUGUUGGUAUGCUGGAUCCCCCUCGCCCUGAGGUUGCUAGCUCUAUCAGGAAGUGCCACGAGGCUGGUAUCCGCGUCAUUGUCAUUACCGGUGACAACCCUUACACUGCUGAGUCUAUCUGUCGCCAGAUUGGCAUUUUCGGACCCAACGAGGAUCUUACGGGGAAGAGCUUCACUGGUCGCGAGUUUGACAGCCUAAGCGAAGCCGACAAGUUGAAGGCUGUCCAGACCGCAUCCCUGUUCUCCCGUACUGAGCCCAGCCACAAAUCCAAGCUGGUUGACCUGCUCCAAUCCCUGAACCACGUCGUUGCCAUGACCGGUGACGGUGUCAAUGAUGCUCCCGCUCUCAAGAAGUCUGACAUUGGUGUUGCCAUGGGUACUGGUACUGACGUCGCCAAGUUGGCCGCUGACAUGGUCUUGGCCGACGACAACUUCGCUACUAUCACCGUCGCUAUUGAGGAGGGUCGCUCCAUCUAUAGCAACACCCAGCAAUUCAUUCGUUACCUGAUCUCGUCUAACAUCGGUGAAGUCGUCUCUAUCUUCAUUACCGCUGCUCUUGGUAUGCCUGAGGCUCUUGUUCCCGUUCAGCUUUUGUGGGUCAACCUAGUCACCGAUGGUCUUCCGGCCACUGCGCUGUCUUUCAACCCUCCAGAUCACGAUGUCAUGCGCCGUGCUCCCCGCCGCCGUGACGAGGCUCUUGUCGGUGGUUGGUUGUUCUUCCGCUACAUGGUUAUUGGUAUCUAUGUCGGUGGUGCCACCGUCUUUGGCUACGUCUGGUGGUUCCUAUACAACCCUGAAGGUCCCCAGAUUACCUUCUGGCAAUUGUCUCAUUUCCACCGUUGCUCUGCUCAAUUCCCCGAGAUCGGCUGUGAGAUGUUCUCCAACGAUAUGUCCAAGUCCGCUUCGACCGUGUCUCUUUCCAUUCUCGUGGUUAUUGAGAUGCUGAACGCCAUGAACGCUCUGUCGUCGAGCGAGUCUCUUCUUACUUUCUUCCUCCACAACAACCCCAUGCUGAUCUACGCCAUCACCCUGUCCAUGGCUCUCCACUUCGCGAUUCUUUACAUUCCCUUCCUCCAGAACCUGUUCGCGAUCCUGCCCCUAAACUGGACCGAAUGGCAGGCAGUCUUGGCCAUCAGCGCUCCUGUGAUCUUGAUCGAUGAAAUCCUCAAAUUCUUCGAACGCCAGCUGUAUACCAACCAUGUUGCCGCUAUCCCUAUCGUCCAGAACGGCGCUGCUAGCAAGCCCAAGCAGGCUUGA